UUUUUUUUUCUUUUAAUUAUAAUAAUAAUACAAAUAGAAAUGCAAACAGAGGAAAAGAUUAAACAAGAGACACCAGCUAUAAAACAGCUUGAUUUCAAGAGUCUUCAUUUUGCUUGGUUUGUUGGACAAUUUAUAGUCUUGACGAAUGGAUUUAUUUUCUUUUUAUCAAAGGCACUCUUUCAUCCAUUCAGCUUCUUAUAUAGAGUGGCUUAUGUUGGUAUUGUUUCUUCUUACUGCAUUGUCAUUUAUAAUUCAUACAAGCCAUUUAAUAAUAACCAGCCAUUUUAUUUCAGAAGAAUGUUAUUGGAUGAAAAUGUUCAAUAUUUCAUUAUUGCUGUUUACUUUUUGUUUACAAGAAGGAUAGCAUUUACUUUAUUACCUUUUGUUAUAUAUUCUGUAUUUCAUGUCAACGAUUUUGGUAAAAAUAAUAUAAUACCAUGUUUGCCAGCUUCUGUACAAACCAAAUUACCAUUGAUUUCUAUUGUCAAAAAUAUGAACACUGAUAAAUUAUAUGAACAAUUAAUGCCAAUUGUUUCUAAAAUCGAAAUUUAUAUCAUCAUGACACGUCUUGUACUCGGUCUUUUUGUACUGCGCUCAAGUCUCUUUUCUAUUCUACUCUAUGGCCAAUUUUUACAUAUGCGUUAUUAUAUGUCACCUUAUACGCGUGAAGUUUUAACUCAAUUAGGUCAAAGGAUAGAUCAAUUAUUAACACCACCUACUGCACAUCCUAACCUUCCACCCACUAUCAUUCAUGCUUACACAAAAGUAAAGCAAGUCAUUUUUAGAACAAAAGGAUCUAACCCUAACCCUACAACAACAACUACUACUACUACUAAAAAGAAACAAUAAAAAAGCAAAAGCAAACAAAUACCGUUUUAUUUUAUUUUAUUUUUCUUUAUACAUAAAUCAAUCAAUCAAAGAAACAAACAAACAAAAAAAAA